AUGACUGACAUUAGGCCACCUCCCGCGCAGGCCCUUUUGCCAGGGCAAGAGGCCCCUUUUCAGGGGUUUGGACCUCCAGCGUGCGCCAAGCAGCCAUGGGUCCCAUCAGCACGGGCAAACCCAAAGGCUGAUCCUGGUGUUGGAAUGCUGAGAAUGAGAGUCUGUGGAUGUGUCAUUGCUCUGUGGUGUUCUUGCUUCGUCCUCCUUGCGGUUGCACAAGUUACAAAUCCUUCUGAAGUCAAUGCAUUGAGAGCAGUUAAGAGCAGUUUAAGUGAUCCUAGGCAGCAUCUCAAGAACUGGAACAAUGGGGAUCCUUGUAAAUCUCAUUGGACUGGAGUUUUUUGUUUUAAUACUGUUGGGGCUGAUGGGUACUUGCACCUUGAGGAACUCCAACUGCUGAACAUGAAUCUCUCAGGAAGUUUAGCACCUGAGCUUGGCCAACUAUCUCACCUUCUAAUAUUAGAUUUCAUGUGGAAUGAAUUAAAUGGAACCAUACCAAGGGAGAUAGGAAACAUGACAUCCUUGAAACUCUUGCUUUUGAGUGGAAACAAAUUAUCCGGUUCUUUACCUGACGAGCUCGGUUACCUUUCAAAAUUAAAUAGGCUACAAGUUGACCAAAACUAUAUGUCAGGUCCAAUACCAAAAUCAUUUGUUAACUUGGUCAAUGUAAAACAUCUCCACAUGAACAACAACUCCUUCAGUGGUCAAAUUCCGUCUGAACUUUCUAAAGUACCCACUCUUCUUCAUUUGCUUUUUGAUAAUAAUAACUUAUCUGGAUAUCUUCCACCAGAAUUAUCCAACUUACCAAACUUGCGCAUAAUUCAGUUUGAUAACAACAACUUCAGGGGGACUGAGAUUCCAGCUUCUUAUGGAAACCUUUCCCAAUUAGCAAAAAUAAGUCUUAGGAAUUGUAGCUUGCAGGGAGAAAUUCCUGAUUUUAGCAGGAUACCUAGCCUUAGUUAUCUAGAUCUAAGCUGGAAUCAACUGAGUGGAUCCAUACCUUCACAUAGACUCUCUCACAAUAUGACAACAAUUGAUCUGUCAGAUAACCAGCUUAAUGGAUCUAUUCCUGAGAGUUUCUCUGAUCUUCCUUCACUUCAGAAAUUGUCACUCGAGAAUAAUUUGUUGACUGGUUCUGUCCCUGCUAUAUGGUGGAAAAUAUCUUUUAGUACAAGAGCGAGACUUAAACUUGAUCUCCGGAACAACUCACUGUCGAACAUAUCAGGAGAGCUAAAUCCUCCAGCAAAUGUCACCUUGAGGCUUGAAGGAAAUCCUAUUUGCAAGAAUGCAAGCAUACAAAAUGUAGGCCAGUUCUGUCAAUCCGAAGCUGGAGGAGAUGGAAUCCCUGAUGGUUCAACAAAUUCAACUCAAACAAUGACCUGCCCUAGUCAAGCAUGCCCAAUAGAUAAUUUCUACGAAUAUGUCCCAUCUUCCCCAGUGCCAUGCUUUUGUGCAUCACCUAUAAUAGUUGAAUAUCGUCUGAAAAGCCCUAGUUUUUCUUAUUUUCCUCCAUAUAGUCAGAAGUUUGAAAUAUACUUAACUAGAUCUCUCGACUUGAGCCUUUAUCAAUUAUCAAUUGAUUCAUUUUUCUGGCAAGAAGGACCUCGUCUACAGAUGCAUUUGAAGCUUUUCCCUACGUUCAUUAAUCCCCACUCAAAUACAUUCAACUUUAGUGAGGUUCAUCGAAUUAGAGGAGUUUUAACAUCGUGGGAACUUCCUCUAACUGAUUUCUUUGGACCUUAUGAGCUUCUCAACUUCACUCUGCUGGGACCUUAUUCAAAUAUGAUCAUUGACCCACGAAGGAUGGGCAUUAGGAAGGGAAUUUUGGCAGCUAUUAUAACAGGGGCAGUUGCAUCAUUUGUCAUUCUUUCUGCAACUGUCAUGCUUCUGAUCACAAGAUGCUUGAGACACCGGGACAGACCACCUUCUAGGAGACAUUCAUCCUCGAAGAUUACAAUGAAAAUUGAUGGCGUAAAGGAGUUCACUUUCAAAGAAAUGACACUAGCUACCAGGAAUUUUGAUAGUUCAACUCAACUUGGACGAGGAGGUUAUGGGAAAGUUUACAGAGGUAUUUUAUCUGAUGACACAAUUGUAGCCAUAAAGCGUGCAGAAGAAGGAUCCUUGCAGGGUGAAAAAGAAUUCUUGACCGAGAUAGAACUGUUAUCGAGAUUACAUCACCGAAAUUUGGUCUCUUUGGUGGGAUAUUGUGAUGAAGAAGGGGAGCAGAUGCUGGUUUAUGAGUUCAUGCCCAAUGGUACCUUAAGGGACUGGCUUUGUGCUAAGGCCAAGGGAAGCCUGAGCUUUGAUAUGAGGUUACAGAUUGCAUUGGGUUCAGCUAAAGGCGUUCUUUAUCUCCAUAAUGAGGCAAAUCCUCCCAUAUUCCACCGAGACAUUAAAGCCACCAACAUACUUCUGGACUCCAACCUUAUGGCUAAAGUAGCCGAUUUCGGACUCUCACGGCUUGCUCCUCUACAGGAUGAUGCAGGGACCGGACCUUCAUAUGUAUCUACAGCUGUGAGAGGAACACCGGGUUACCUGGAUCCAGAGUACUUUUUGACAAGUAAGUUGACAGACAAAAGCGAUGUCUAUAGCCUUGGGAUUGUGUUUCUGGAGCUCUUGACUGGGUGUGCUGCCAAUAUCACAUGGCAAAAACAUUACAGCAGAAUGGGAUCCUAUCCGUCGGAAUGUAUAGAGAGGUUCCUAGCUUUGGCCCUUAGAUGUUGUUAUGAGAAGCAAGAUAAGCGGCCAGCAAUGCUGGAAGUGGUGAGGGAGCUUGAAAACAUAAUCAAAAUCAUGCCGGCAGCUGACACCAUAUUUUCACCAUCUGCUGCCCCAUACAGUGACCAAUCACCAACCUCAUCAUCCUACUUGACUAGAGACACAUCCUAUGUGUCCUCAGUGUUAUAG